AUGGGGAUUUGCACGGUGCACCCCUGCGUGUGUGAACCGCGCCCGAAUCUCAACCAGGCCCUGUUGAAGCCGCUCUCAGGACGGCCGUGGGGCGCUCCGGAGCUCGGAGAGAGCUCCUGCAGCCCAGUCGACCGCGCCCUGGGAGGGUCCUGCGAGGCAGGGCCGAGCCUCGAGCCCCGAAGUAAAAGUCCCAUAAAGUCCCGGCAUCGCUCAGCCCAGCUUGGCUGUUUGCCCAAGUGUCCCAAGACGGGUCGCAGGUCGACGCAGCCGGCGGUGGCGCCGGCCACGUGGCACUUCCGGCCGCCCUCGGCGCGCGAGCGCGAGCGCGACCGCUCCGUGGGCUCGGCACGAGGCGCGCGAAGCCUCGAGCGAGGGUUCGGAGCGCUCGACGUCCGCUUCGGCGUGCCUCGACACGAGAGGCUUGAGACCGCGGACUUCGAGACAGGAGGAGGUGCGCUGGCAGGCAACAAGAUCUCGCAGGCAGGGCAGGGCGCUUUGGCCUUGGCGCCUCGGCUGCGACUCGAAACGGAUCCAGCAAGGCUCGCGCCGAGCUCCACGCCAGGAGUCGGGAUGGAUCUCUUUGCAAUACUCGGAGACUUGCGUGGACGUGGGCAUUGCUUCAUUUGCUCUCAGCUCUGCUUUCCCUUUGCGUCUCCGGUUGAACGAGCGCCGUACGCCAUGGCCCUGAACGUGAUCACGGAAAGCCGUCUCUACGCACCUUGGCAUCAUCGCUCUUCGCUGUGCUUGCCCAGCUCCGCCCCUGCCUGUGGCGAGGCCAGCGAGCCCGAUCCUCGCUGGUUUGGAAAUCCGCAGAACCCGCCAGACACCACAGCUGAGGGCUGGACGAACCAGAACUGGCUGAAGUCGAGGUUCCACUUCAGCUUCGCGGAGUACCAUGAAGGGCCCAGCAACUUUGGUGUCCUGCGUGUGAUGAACGAUGACCUUGUGCAGGGGGAGCGGGGAUUUGGUGAGCACCCGCACCGUGACAUGGAAAUCAUGACCUUCAUCGUGGACGGAGAGCUUACACACAAGGACUCCAAGGGCAACGAGGAGACGUUAGGCCGUGGCGCCAUCCAGUUCAUGACCGCGGGGACUGGAAUCUAUCACUCCGAGCAUAACCUGGCCAAGAAGCCGUUGCGGUUCAUUCAGUGCUGGGUCGUGCCCCGGAAGCGUGGCCUGAAGCCGAACUACGGCUCGAGUUUGGGCGGCCCGGAGGCGGCCGCCGAUCGCAGGGAUAAGUGGGCGCACAUGGUCUCUGACGAAAUGUCUUCUGUGGCGACACAGAUCAAGAUCCACCAAGACUGCAACGUCUUUUGCACGGAGCUCUCCCCCGGCAAGACCUCCCCGGUCCUCAAUAUUGCCGCAGGCCGGCAGGCCUACAUGCUCUGCGUGGAGGGAGAGAUUCGGUGUGAGAAGCAGAGCCUUCAUCGCCACGACGCAGCCGAAGUAAAGGGGCCGCUGGAGCUGGAGCUCAGCGCAGGGCCCUCGGGGGCUUUGGUGCUCCUGUUCGAGAUGGCGCAGACACGGGACUCCCGAGCAGGCUUUUGA